UAUGCGCCUUGACUGCGCAGACUGCAGGUCGCAUCGUGACGUUCCUCUCGUCUAAAGCACAUUAAUGUUUCUCUUUCCGUGCACAUUGGAUUCAAUCACGCAAAUAAGAUUUUUGUAAGCCGAUCGCGACACGCUUAACCCUUAACAACUUCCAGCAAAUCAGUCGUUCACAUGAACCAUCAUUUCACAAAGAUCUGAUCUGCAUUUUAAUCCCACGGACUAAAUUAUAUCGCACGCAGAUUUAUUUUAAUAUCGGAUUGAAAGUCGUUGAAUGGCGAAACGGACACCGAGAAAGACCUGGACAUCAUCAUUUAUUCACUUAUUGGCUGGAUUGUAUUCGAGAAGACUCGUGAAGAUGGCAGAGCAGACAGCGAAAAGCAGAUUGGACACCAUCAACGCAUCCUGAACUCACAGAAAGUCCUAACUAUUUUUGGAGGUGGCGAAUCCUACGAAAACGAAGGAAAGGCAAUAUCACAGACCCAUGGACUUACCCAGGAGAUCCUACCCAAACAUAUGAAUGAGAUCGUAUAAAUUCAUACGAAAUAGUUAGGAUUUGCCAUGAGGUUGUUGUAGGUCAAUGCCCUUCUUACCUUUUGGAUGAGCUCUCUGGAUCUGAGAUUGAAGUGAUUUUUCUUUAAUCUGGAUAAAUGGUGGGGUACCGUUAUAGGGUCUGCAAGGGGCGUGUGGGGAAGCCAGUAAGAGUUGGCCAUUAUUUCCUCAUGAUCGCCUUUUGUAUCUCCCUGCUCGCUUUACUCUUCAUUGACGUAAUUGAAUCAUGGGUAACCUGUUUGGGAAUGAGCAGACCAGAUGGUCCUCAUGGAGCAGUCCUUACACAGAGUAUCCCACCGACCCGUUCCGAAGAGUUCCUUCUUAUGCCGAGCUCUCACGUCUGCCAGCGCGCCAAACCAUACCUCGUCACUUUGGUGGCAUCCGCGCCUGCCAACAAAAAGGCUCGCAACGCCAUUCGGGACACCUGGGGCGGGGAAGUACAAGUGAGAGGUCACCGUGUCAUAACCCUCUUUAUUGUGGGUCAGUCAUCGGACCUGGUUCUUGGUAAAGAAUUGAUCGAAGAGUCAAAGGAGCGCGGAGACUUGAUACAGGGACGAUUCACUGACACCUACGCAAACUUGACCCUGAAAUCUCUCGCCAUCCUGGGUUGGGCGCGCCGUUUCUGUCCGCAGGCUCGCUUCCUCGCUAAGGUUGAUGACGACGUGAUGUUCAACCCGAGUGCGCUGCUUCAGCAUCUCAACCUCAGCUAUAAAACAAGCGAGGAUGAACUUGCAGACCUUUAUCUAGGACGCGUUCACAUGCAGGUGGCGCCGGACCACAAUCCGCACAGCAAGCACUUCAUAUCAAAAUCAACAUACACGGGGACGGUUUAUCCGGAUUACUGCAGCGGGACGGCGUACGUGCUAUCUCGGCCUGCAGUGCUAAAGGUGUCCCUAGUGGCUGCCACGAUGACCCUAACCAGACCUUUGCUGCCAGAGGACGUGCUUGUGGGUAUAUGUGCGCACAGAGCGGGCAUUAGACCUACCCACUCCCCACUCUUCUCCGGAGGACCGGCAGUGCCAUUCGGCCGUUGCUGCUACCAGACUAUGGUGUCUGUGCACCAUACCAAGCCAGCGGACAUGUUACGCUACUGGACGGAGGUGCACUCCACAGCCCCGUGUUCGUGGUUGGGUGUGCGAACCUCCCUGGGUGUGUGUAAAGUGAGAGCACUUUUGGGGAGGCUGUUGGGGAACAGCUUGUAAGACAAGUUGCAUUCAACAGAAAAUCUGUUGUUUAUAAAGAUUUGUUAAUUAUAAUGCAAGUACCCACUCCAGUUUGGGGGACAUAAGAAAUGAAUAGCCACAAAUGAAUAGCCUUUUGUUUACAAAGGCACACUAUGCACUGCAACUUUAUUUUUGAUUGUGUUGUUCUUUGCUAUACUCAGCAUGUGCCUUUUGUGUUUUAAAACUUACAACACAUUAUGCAUAAGCCUUAACUGAGUUCAAGCAGUCACUGAUGUUGUCUUCCAGAACAUGAGCAGCAAAAAGUAGCAACACAUUUACAGGGAUAGUUCAGCAAAAAAGAAAAGAGCUUCACAUGGACAGCUCUCAAAUAACAUGAGGGUUAAAUAAAAUGCAUUCCCCGUACCAGAAAUAAUCGAAGAAAUGCUCUGUUACGAAUAUAGCAUGACAUGUUCUAUGUCUUUUCAGCUUACCUCAUGUAACAGUGUCUUCCACCCAGUUGACUGUAAAUAUUUAACAGAGCCAAUGAAUUAACAGACCCUUUGAUCUCAAGUUCAUUUAGUGCACCAGUUAAUGCCUGCAGUAGGUAAGAGAGACACGACCACCACCAUACUGGGUUAUCCUACAAAUGGGACGUUUUCUCAAAACUCAAGCAUACCUUACAUAAACCCCAACGACAGUUUUAAUGUUGCCUGGUUUUAGAUUUAUUUCUGGGUAUAACGGUGAACAGCAAGAUAUUUGACACAUUUUUUACAUUUUGGACCUGUGCUCAACACGGAAGCAUAGAACUACUGUAAACAGAUCUUUAGAAAGAAUUUUAUACGCAUCCUUUCUUGUUCAGAUUUGCAGUCAUCUUAUUUAUGGAACGCUGUUGACAGUCAAUGAAUCCACUCUUGACACAAGUUUGCGGUAUAACUUUCGCUGUUUUGGCAAAUAGAGAUACCCCCUUAGGGUUUCAUCCAUGUCCUUCUCCUGUAUGCCAUCCCACAAUGCAAAUGAUUGCUAUAACCCAUUCCUUUUUGAGCGGGUAACUAGUGGGUUCCUUGGACAGGUUUCUUGGACAUACAAAAUAAGGUACAGCGCAAUAAAACUUUAUUUUUGAAAAACACAACCAAAUGUCUUCAUUAUUUAAUAUAACUGAAUGCAAACACUGAAAUUAAUUUAUAUUUGAGGUUAUUGUGACUGUACAAGAGGUAUUAGCAGAAAAACAUAUUGGAUUAUGAAAUUGUUCAAUGAGUAAACUUGCACAAGAAAAACUAUUUCAGAUAAUGUUCGUGUAUGGACACAUGAAGUGGUGAAUGCUCCACCAUACAUUGUCAUUCUAGAGAAAUCUAUGCCUCUGACUUUGCUGUACAUUCAACAGUGUGGCCAAAACAAAGUCCUUCAAAUAGUUUUACUCUGAUGUGGAAGAACUUGACUGGCUCACUCAAAGCUCAGAACAGACGUUCUAUUAAAAACUUUGAGAUGAACUGAAACCCAACCCUGAUCCGGCAACAUCAAUGCCUGAAAAUAAUGUUGCUAUUCAUAGUGGAAAGCAUCAAUUACUUUCAUUCAUUACACGAGGCAUAAGCGUGUUCAGUCUCUGGCGUCCGGAAAUGAAUCGCACUUUCACUCUGCAUUCAUAUUCAAACCAGACACAGAAAACCUCUCUGCAGCAUUGUCACUCUGGUACAGAAAACGUACUCCCACAAACUGGAGCAUACCUUACAUAAACCCAAACGGAACGGAAUGUCCUUUACACAUUCUGGAACAUUCUCAGUGUUUCUUAGGUGAUAGUUUACCCACAAGUGUAAAAAGAACACAAAAGAGCUAUUUAGAGGGACGCUGGUCACGAAACCACAUUUCAACAGCAAUUCGCUCCACCAAUGGUGUGCAGGUCAUAAACCCUCGUCCGCUCCAUGUAAACUCUGGCAAACCAAAAUAAUCUAAAUGACACUGAAGGGACCCCAAUUUGAGUCUUGUAUUCUGGCCAAGUUGUUCCUCUGAUGAAUCAUUAGAUAAGGCGGCAGGCACACAUUAUUUUAUCAUUUGCGUACAUAUUUCAUUGUCAGUAGUUUUGAGAAGGAAAUGCAUUCGCACUUCCUGAUGAGAGCAUCUGUGUCUACUCAACAUACAGCUUCAUGUCCAUGACACAUUUUCAGUCAGUUUCCUAGAAUGCAAGGUAAUUGUAGCACAGUGAAACACACCC